AUACAAAUUUGUAAGCUAAGCUUUAGAAAGAAGCAAGAAAAAGAAGUGAAAGAAAGAAAGGGCAGCAAAGAGAAGAAAAGAGUAAAGAGGAGAUCGAGAUUGAAGAAAAAGAUAUGAAGAAUAAUGGUGGAAUUUUGAACAACAAUGAACAGCAGCAGCAAUUGGAGAUGCCGCCGGGAUUCCGGUUCCAUCCGACGGAUGAGGAACUCGUGGUUCACUAUCUCUGCCGGAAAUGCGCCUCCCAAUCUAUCUCCGUUCCGAUUAUUGCCGAGAUCGAUCUUUACAAGUUUGACCCCUGGCAGCUCCCUGAUAUGGCUUUGUACGGAGAAAAAGAAUGGUACUUCUUUUCUCCGAGGGACCGAAAGUACCCCAACGGUUCGAGGCCGAACAGGUCUGCCGGAACCGGGUACUGGAAGGCCACCGGAGCAGAUAAGCCGGUGGGAAAGCCCAGGACUUUGGGGAUAAAGAAGGCUUUGGUAUUCUACGCCGGGAAGGCUCCUAAAGGUGUAAAGACUAAUUGGAUUAUGCAUGAGUACCGUCUCGCAAACGUCGACCGCUCCGCCGGAAAAAAGAACAAUUUGAGGCUUGACGAUUGGGUACUAUGUCGGAUAUACAACAAGAAAGGCAGUGUGGAGAAGUACUAUAAUGUCGACCAAAACGAUGUCGUUCUCCCGAAAUUGGAAGACCAGAAGCCUAACAUCACCCAAUUCUCACAAAGCGCCACGAUGCUAACGCAAGCCGCCCUACCGCCGGUGGUGCAAAAUCAGCACGACUACGUGCACUUCGACACGUCGGAGUCGGUGCUGAGGUGGCACACCGACUCCAGCUGCUGCUCCGAGCAAGUGCUGUCCUCCCCGGAGUUCGCCGCCGACAAAGAGGUCCAGAGCGCGCCAAAAUGGGACGACCUGAAUUUCCAGCUCAACAAUUUCAUAGACGAUCCCUUUCAAAUGCCGCAGUACAAUGAUCCCUUCCAACAAGAUAUGUUCAUGUACAUGCAGAAACCUUUUUAACCUUGUUUAUAGAUUAGGAAUUCAUUAGCCGACAUUCUUAAUCAUCUUAGUGUACAACAAUGAAAAAUUAAAAGUCACGUUUGGUGGAGGGUAGAUGGCAGCUAAUAUUGGGAGAUGGCUAUUCUUUUAGGUUAGGUGGAGAUUUUAUUAGGUCUCUUUGCAGCUUACUAUAUGUUAAUAUGUUGUUCAUUUUUUCAGGAAAUGAAAAACAAAUUUUAUUAC